GGCAGCAGGCCGCAUCCUCCGAGCGGCGUCUCUGAGGCCUCGGGCCUGGCUGGAUCGGUUGGUUGGCCGGCCGGGAACCGGCGUGGGACCUUCCUGCGGGAUUGUUUGUGUGUGUUUUCUCUUCAAAAGGUCCCCUUCGAGGCCCUGACUUCGGAGUAAAUCUCUUUAAGGGGGUCCUGGGUGGGUUUCCCCAUGUUGGCUGCCCUCAACCCAAACAUGUGGCCUGGAAGGAUAACCUGUCCCAUUCCCGACGUAAGCCCCGUCACGUGGGGAGUAGAAUAACUCGGAGGCAAUUGCAUUUUGGGAAAAAGAAAAUGCCAAAGAAAAAGAAAAACUUUGGCGCGAGCCCUUCAAGAAAAAACACAAACCCAGAGACAGUUUCUGCGACUGAUGCCUCGUCCUCACCAGCCUCGUUACAUGGAAUCAAUAAAGAAAGACUCAUCAGCGGGCUUUCCGAAAUGUUCUCAGAUUUGGAUCCAACGGUCAUCUACAUGGUGCUGUCUGAAUGUGACUUCAGAGUGGAAGAGACUAUGGAUUAUCUACUGGAAUUGUCCACAGCUGCUAAGGAUACAGUAUGUUCAUCAAAAGUGUCAGGUUUUGAUUCCCUGUCCGCAUUGCUCGUUGGUGGAAAUAACUCAAGCUGCAGUACUCAUGAACUUGAGGGUCAUGAUACUACUGCAGUUGCGAAGAGUGGUGAAGAACCCUCAUCCUCUGAAGAACUGGCACUCUUGAUAGAUAAUUCUCUUGAGGACCGCAGUCGUAAAAUUGAAGCAAAGAAAUCAGAAAAUGAUCAUCUCAUAGGUAGCCUGAAUCUGGCUCAGGACCACAAUAAUUCCAAUUGCACUGAAUUAUAUAUGAACUCCAACGGAACAGCAAUAGAAAACUGGUUGACUGCCUUAAAACCAAGUUAUAAGGAAGCCGCUGAGUCGACAUCCAUAUCAGAGAUUGAGACAAAGGAUAUUCUGACACAAAGCCCAGAGAGUAACACUUUGCCAGAAGUUGUACUUGACAGUGGUGCCAUUUCGGAAAUUGUGAUGUUAGCCGACAAGGCCGAGUCUUACACUGAGCCAAAUCAAACACACAAUGUUUUAUUUGACUUUACGGCGGUAAGCACCCUGACUGCUCAACGUCAUCAGAUACUUGCAAAAAUAGAGACCAACGCCUUUCCUAAUUCUCCUGCUUCUUUGCAGGAGGCUGAAGGGCAAGAAAAUGUAGUGGCUCUCUGUGAUAAUCUGAAACAAUUCUGCGUUCCUGACCUGUGCGCAGGAUCUGGUUUGAAAUGGGCCCCUUUGACGCGGGAGGCUGAUCCUCCACAGCAAACGUGGAGUUCACAGUUUUCUCUGUUUCAGAAAUACCCUCAGCGGUUUCAUUUUUAUCCAGCUUUUGAAGCGCAAUGGGGAAAUCAUAGCUUUGUGACUCCUAUCGCAGUCAGUCCUGGGAAGUGGAGGCCAGCUUCGGAUUGUGGGAGUCAAGGAAAGACAUUUUGCUCUCCGGAAGUUUCUAAAUCCUCGGAGAGCCUCUCUUGUGUGCCAAAGAGAUGUGGCAAUAAAAACGGGCGACCAAGACAUCAUUUUUCUCAAGACCACCAAUUGCCUGGUGGUCACAUAAUGAACAGGAGGACCUUCGCAGGUCAUGUACUGGUUCUCCUUCGAGGGCUUCCUGGAUCGGGCAAAUCCUACUUGGCAAGGGUUUUGCUUGAGGAUAAUCCUUGUGGGAUCAUUCUUAGCACAGAUGACUAUUUUUAUCAAAAGAACGGGCAGUACCAGUUUGAUGCUGACUGUUUAGCUGACGCACACGAGUGGAAUUGGAAACGUGCCAAAGAAGCCUUUGAGAAAAGGAUCACUCCUAUAAUCAUAGACAAUACAAACACACAGGCUUGGGAAAUGAAGCCUUACAUUGCUUUGUCACAGCAACACAAGUACAAAGUUAUAUUUCGUGAACCGGAUACAUGGUGGAAGUUUAAACCAAAGGAAUUGGAAAGGCGAAAUGUUCAUGGUGUAUCCAAAGAAAAGAUCAAAAGAAUGUUGGAACGAUAUGAACAUUGCCUGACUGCUAAUUCAAUUUUGAAUUCUUCAAUCUCAGAUGACAUGAGGAAGCGUGAAACCUGUGGUGAAAUUCUUCAUCGUGAGAAAAGGCAGGGGAAAGAAGACCAGAAAGAACAUUUUGCCUCCUCUUUGAAAAGAAUAGAAUUAAAUCCAGAUGAAAAAGGUACUUUAGAAGAAGUUAUAGCAGAAGAUCAGAACCUUCAAAAUGAAAACCGAAGAGCUGGACAUGAUUUUAAAGAAUCCAGUUCUGAAUGUAGUAUAGAUUGCUUGGACGCUACUGCAUUACCAGCAAGAACCAAAAUGGAAUCCAUUCUUGAAACAGAGUUAAGACCAGUCAGGGAUUCCAGUGAAAAUACUCUGUUGCACAAUAACCAUGAGUUGAAACUUCAGAUUGAGGCAACUGCAUGUCAUAAAAUAACAGAGCCAGAAUUCACAGAAACACAAAAUAAAGAUGGAGAUUUUAAUUCUGGCAGCUCAGUAAAACCUGAAAUGUUAAACUUUGUGGGAGACUGGCCAGUAGAACAAACUUUGGCUCAAAGAGUGAAAAGAAUUAAAAGAUUAGAAAAACGUGCCAGGAGGGACAAAGGAGAUUCAAGUAUGCCAACAGCUACUCUUGAUUCAUUAAAAAAUACGAGUGAAGAUAAAACAUUGGAUUUGAUAGACUGUCAUCAGGAACUUCCACUUUCUGACAACAGGUGUGAAGAUAAAUGGGAUGAAAGUGACUGUAAUUUUCCUUCUAUGUUGGUGCCUGAGGUUAAUAAUACAGAAGUCCAUACGACAGAAUUGCUGAUGGUAGGAGACUGGCCAGUCCAAACUUUGCAGCAAAGACAACACAAAAUGAAAAGGAUAACCAAGCGAGACAUUAAUGAGACAGGUGGAUUAGAAAACAGUCAAGAUGGUGUCAGCGUUGGUGAUGGGACUGCAACUUCUCAGCUGAAUGAGACCUCUGCAGAUGCUGAAGAGCUGUGGGCCUCUUCAAAGGGGGAACCCUUUCAAGGGUCUGAAAUCACAGCUUCUGAACCUCUGAGUGAGAAAAAGCCAGUGCUGAAUAAAAGAACACGUAAGCAUCAUAAAUUAGCAUUAACAUUUACCAACAGUUUGGCCCUCAACAAACCAGUAGAACCACUGUCCCUGUGCAGUUGGACAGAAGAAAAACCCAAUGAAGUUGUGGGGUCCCAGGCUACCAAAUCUUCACAGACAGAACCACGAGAUUUUGCCCUUCUGUGGAGACUGGAGAGAGAGAUUGUCUUUUCAGAAGGUACAAAAGUACUGCACGGCAGACUCGAUGGAUUCGUACCCAAAAGAGUUGAAGCUAUUCCAGGUUGUCCAGAAAAAAUACCCUACAAAGUAACCUACGAGAGAAGCACCUAUGUGGAAGAAAGGGAGCUGGUGAGAGUCGAUGAAUCUGAGCAUCUCAAUAUUUUGUGUAAACUCUUUGGGUCUCUUUCAUUCGAUGCCAUUAAAGAUCUGUACGAACGAUGCAACCGGGAUAUGGAUUGGGCCACAGGGCUCCUGUUAGACUCUGCUGAGAAGCUCUGCAAAGAAGAUGACGUUGGAGGCCUGCAGGAAGCAGAGGUUCGGCUCCCGGAUGUGUCUCUUCCUUCGAAGAGACCCGCUGCGACUGAAGACAGGUUUGCCGGUUCUGUGGCAGGUACUCAAGCGACUGCGAUUUCAAGGAUUAGUCACGAAUGCGAAAUAACGAAAGUCCCCCUUGGUGACGACAGUGGAAACAUUUCUGACCAUCCUGCAGGACACGGCGUACAUUCUUCUUCAGGAGAAAACGAAACUCAUCCGUUACCGGAUGCAGGAGAAGACAUAAGCCCAUCAGAUCCGGAGGUAGAUCCUUUGAACACGCAACUAAAACCAAGAAUUUCUAGGAGGCUAUUAGAGAAUGAUCCAUGGAGGACAUCCUCGGUUAAUGAAAUGGAUAUCGCUCUUCCUGACAAAGAUGAUGGCCCUUCGAAAGCCACCUGCGAUGCGGAAGAAGAUCAGCUUCAAGCAAGCUUACAGGAGGGCCCGUUUCCAGAAGCGGCGUCAGAUUUGAAGCGAAUGGAAGCAACCGAUUUGAGCAGUGCAGAAAGCCACAAAUCUGAGCAGGGCACAAAAAUGGAUUGUAAGUCCGGCAUUGUGGUUCCGACACAAAGAGAAAAGAACGUCUCUGAUCAAGAUGAUGGGACAAUCAGGUUGCAGAAUUCCAUCCCUCCCUCAAAGUCCGUGACCAUAGAUUGUCUCGAACUGGUCUUAGCUCCUGAAUUAGCCAUGCAGUUAAGUGAAAUAUUUGGACCGGUUGGAGUUGAUACAGGAUCACUAACUCCUGAUGACUAUGUGGUUCAUAUUGAUCUGAAUUUGGCCAGAGAAAUUCAUGACAGAUGGAAAGCAUCUAUUAUGAAGAGGAGAGAAGAAGAAUUGCAAAAACUUCUUGAAGAAAAACCUACACUGUUUGAGCAGCUGCACCCAGGCAAAGUGGACGACGUGCUGUCCCUGUACGCUGCUGAGUUUCAAGAGCAGGAAAGUUCAUCUACAGCUGGGUCGGCUGAAAGCUCAGCAGCUUCUGAUGUUUUUCCUUACAUGGAUCAUUGGAACGUCCACACUCAGAGAGUCUCACUUCGGGAGAUCAUGUCCGAAGAAAUUGCGCUGCAAGAAAAACUAACAGGGAAACCUUUUCCUUGGAUUGCUAAAAAAGACUGUGCUGCUAAACUGAAGGAAAAACAACUUUUGGAGUUAUUCCCAACCAUUAACGCAAACUUUUUGAUGGACAUCUUCAAGGACUACAAUUAUUCCUUGGAACAAACUGUCCAGUUUCUCAAUAGCGUUCUAGAGGCAGAUCCCAUAAAAACAGUGAUAGCGAAAGAGCCUGCUCAGAAUGCCAGACGUUCUCCUAGCAACACUUCCAAGACCCGGGAUAAAAAGGCUAAGAGGACUAAAGAGCUGGAAGACAUUCUGAGCGAGAAGGGAUUCCAAGACACUCAGUAUCCAGGCUACGAGGACUUCAGGGCCGAGGCGUUUCUUCACCAACAGCAAAGGCAAGAAUGCCUAAGGAAAGCGGGAGAAGCCUAUCGCAUGGGGAUGAAGCCAGUCGCGGCGUUCUAUGUGCAACAGGGUCAGCUUCAUGAACAGAAGAUGAAAGAAGCCAACCAGGAUGCGGCUCAGCAAAUCUUUGAGAAAGUCAACGCUGCCAAGCUGCCCAUCAACUUUUUGGAUCUGCAUGGUCUUCACGUGGAUGAAGCGUUGGCUCACCUCUCUAGAGUCCUGCAGGAGAAAACCAAAGAACACAGCCUGGCAGGCGGCAUACCAUACCUCUACGUGAUCACUGGAAGGGGAAACCAUAGCCAGGGAGGAGUUGCUCGGAUCAAGCCAGCAGUUACGAAAUACCUCACCAGCCACAAAUUCAGGUUCACAGAAAUAAAGUCGGGCUGCUUUAAAAUCUUGUUGGAAUAGACAGGAAGUCACCAAGAGGAUCGGAAAAACUGAGGUUACCAAAGCAGAAACAACUUCACGUUUUAAUGGGAUAAAAAUAUGUGACUUGUCAAAAACAAGAUUUCACUGGAAAGGGCUUAACCGUCAGCAGGUGUUUGUGUCAGUGUGUUUUUCUCUACCAAAUCUUUGUGUGUGUGUGUGUGUGUUUGAAUGAGGAGUAUUUUUUAUAAGUCUUCUGCUUAUCAAGAAAUGCACCCAGGAAUUACCUUGAGAACAAAAAAUAACAUUCUCAAUGGAAAGCAAAAGGUUCCAAUCGGAAAUGCUCUGCCCUUUUCAUAAACAUCUGGAACAUAGUGCUUUUUUUUUAAUGGUCUCUAUUCCAUUUUAAAACAAUUCUUGAAAUUAUGGCCGAGCUUACACUGGAUGCUUCAAAGAACUCUACGAAGUUUCAGGUGAUAAGAGCUAACGAUUAUUUGCCUCCCUGUCUGCUUUUCACAAGAAUCCUUGGCUCACUUCCGAAAGGGGGGAAAAAAUGGGUUGCAUUUAUUUUCAGGCAAAAAAAGAAAAGAAAAAGAAAGGUAGUAGCUUGUAUCUCAGCUUUUCAGAUCUUUUUUCUUCUUUCCUUUUAACUCUCUAAUGCAUUGACAGGCUGCCUGAUAGGACAGUAAAAAUGUGAUGAGGAAUAACAGGGAGGGUCUAUUAUUCACUUAGAGCUUUGGCCUUGACUGCUUAUUUGGAUAAGUGUCAUUUGCUAGAAUCGGGGGCCUUUUCAAAAGCCCCUGUUAUUGCAAGGAUAAGUCUCUGCUUGGGAGCUUUUGAUGCUCCCACAGAACUCAAUAUGAGCAGGCUGACCCUAUCAAUAUUAAGAUCUGCCACAAGUGCAAUAAGCUUUGAAAAUGAAUACAGAAGUGUACAUUCAGGUAUAUGUUUGCAUUUUGGCUUCUAGAGAUGUGAGCAAAACUCCAGCCUACAAUGGUUAUUGCCAAUACUUCUGGAAAAGAAAUAUGAAGGAACCCCACCUGUUCUAACGCCAUAAAAAUGAUGCUUGUUCCUUUUAAAGAAAACACCAGCACCCGUUUUAUGACAGCAUAUGAAAAAUAUGAUCAGCUCUGAGCACAUACUCAUGUCAUUAAGUAGAACACAAGUAGAAGACUCCUAUGGCAGCUAUUCAAAUUAUUGUGCAUCGACUGAUAUUUUCAUUUUCAUGUUGUCAUUUUGCCAUGAAUUUACAAUGGUUUUGUCAAACUAGCAUCUGGGAAGCCAAAGCAUUAUAGUGCAUCCAUGCAAGUCUCGGCGGUAUCUUUGUGACCUGCUUUUCAAAAUCUUUUCUUAAGACAUAAUAUAAUUGUACAUUUGAUAUAUUCUUCUUGUUGUUGUUUUUUUUAAAAAAGAUGAGAUUGCUGAAGGGAAUAUGUGACGGUUUAUGGUAUUUUUAAAAACACAUUUCUGAAUUGGAUAGCAGAGCUGAGCUUCUGCCAUGGUGUUCAGUUCCUCUCCACUGAAUCAAUCAAGACAAAUAGAAAUAUUGUAAAGUCAUUUAUUGCUUUCUUUAGAAAAACUGAAUGUACAGUUUUACGUUUCUCCUUUCAAAAUAGAGCAGCAAUUUUCUUUCAGAUAUUUUUUUCUUUCCACUACGCUUUUCUUUUUAAAAUGCAGAUAUUAUGUAAGCCCGCAUUAUGAAUUUCAGACAUUUGUCAGAUCCUUUAAAACGGCAUUUCAGUAAAAUCUGGAACUAAGAACGAGGAGGGAAUAAACUGCAAGCGUGCCCAAUAAAAAACUACCCCGAUCAGUAUUAUCCCAUCGAACUCAUAUUUGAAAUAGAUUAUUUUAAAACUGUCCUGAUCUUUCGAAAGACAGGACUAUCCAUCUGGGUCUGUCUUACCAUUGUUUGUGCAGGGAUCAUAAGACAAAAGUAACUUGAAUAUGAUAUAGUCAAGGGCAUCUUGUCAAUGAUUUCGUUUUGUUUCUCCUCCCCCCCUCCCAAUUUGCUCUGAUAAGAGUUGCAGGGCACGUAGAUGUAACUCUGUCAAAGGUGGGAUUUCUCCCCCGAUCCCAUUCUGCCUUGCCUUAAUCCACAGUGGGAAGCUAGAAAGCUCUUCUACUUUUGUAAUGUAGACUUCACAAGUAGCCGUGGCCUGCGAGGCUCAUGCAUCCUGUUGCUGGCAAGGGUGGCUCCCCAGGAAGAAAGAAAAGGGAAGGAGGUGUAUGAGCAACCACACCUGGGACUUACUUUUCCCAUAGGUUGUUCGUUCCCUUCUGACCAUAAGGAUGCCAGAUGGUUCUCCAAAGUGAUCAGAGUCCUUGUUGGGACGUUGUUAGCACUGUGGAGGCCUAGAUAGGUCUUUCGUAGUGAAUUAUUGAAUUAUUUCGCUCAAGAUGCUUAUAGGGAAGGUGGACUCUUUAAGAUUGCCUCAUGACCUGGAUCGGAUUAAGAACCGUUGGAGGAAUGAGAAGUUUGUCAGUCAGAUUCAAUAGGGCUCCAUAUUUGUCCCCAUGAUUUAAUCUCUUAUUCCGCGGAGAGAUGAUUUAAUCUCUCUUUCCACAACCCAAGAGCAUUGGACAAAUUCUAAAUUCAUCCUUCCAGAGAGUAUUAUGUUUUUAUUGUGUGUUUUUUUCCUUUGUUGCCAUUUGCUUGCUUCCAUUACUGUAGUUUGGGGGGUGGGGGGGAGUCUGUCCUCCCAGAGCUAAAUCUUUAAAAAGAUUGUGUAACCUUUCUCGUCUCAUGUAGCAGAGGACAAUGUCAGAACGUUCUCCACCCACUCUCAAUCAGAAGAAAACUCCCAAUUUCUCUUUGUUUUAUGAUUAUAUGGAAUUAUAUAUGGGGGAGGGAGAACAAGAGACAAAUAAUUGUACAGAUCAGCUAUUUUCUAGGUUUAAAAACCAGGAUAACUGGUUGUAGUAAGAGCAUAUUAAGUGGGGGGAAAUGUCUGAUUAAGAUAAUUAUUGCUUCAGCUCUACCCUCAUUCACUGAGAAAUGUGACACUUAUUUGUAAAUCUUUGUUAUGCAUGUGUUCAACAAAACAUAUUUAAAUAUCUGCUUACUUCAUUAAUGUAAUUGUUGAAACAAUGCCUCUACAGUAAUCAGGACUUACACAUUUCUAAUGAAAAACUACAUUUUGUAGUCUGAAUAACAUAUAUUGCAACAACACAACAUGCCCAGAAGUAACAUUUGUAAUGGAAAACCAAAAAUGGGGAAAAUUCUAUAUUUUAAUAUGCCAAAAUGCAGAGCAGAAUGAUUUUUUUUGGGGGGGGGGGGGGGAUUGAGGGAUUAAAAUCAUUUAUAAUGAUUUAUAUUUAUAAUGCCCUUUCAUGCAAAUCCUUCAAUAGGAGCUAGCCAAGAUGUUUCUAUAUUGUUCAAGUAGUCUGCAAAAAGGUUAGAAGAUGAUUGCACAAAUAAAACUGAGGUUUUAAAACUUGAGAAAAAUGUUUGCUAUAGCCAUUGAAAUCUGCAAAGAUAUUAAGGGAAGUCUACUCUUAAAUAGAUUGCCAACAUUUCCAUAAUUAUAUUAAUACUUUACUGGGCUUCAGUAAAAGCAGCAUUAAAAUUGCAAUACUUUUAAGAUUUUCCUUAGUCUUAAAUUGAGGGGGGAAAUAACAUUUCCUGUACUCGGUUUUUAUUAUCAGACUUUUUUAGAUUAACCUACAAAAACUUUUAACAAGGUAGGGAUUUUGAUUAGGACGCAAGAUUUGCGGGAAAACGUUUCUCAGGGUAGCAAUUUCUAUGAGAAGUGCCUAAGGAAAAUAAAGCCUUCCCAGCCACCCCCCACCACCUUUUUUUUUCAACCAAUAUCAUUGUGAAUAAAUACUAUUAGCAUGAAAUGUGUGCUCUUAAAUUUCACAAAUGUUUGUUAAUUGCCUUUAUUGAGAAGAAUUUACAUUAUGAUACUAAAUAAAAACUGCAACGUGAAAUGAAAUAUACACAUUCAUUUACAUCAUACAGCUUUUUCCAUGGAUUUGUAUGAAUAAGUAACCACAUACCUACCGGUAGCUUCAAGAAUACUUGCAAUCCCAUCAACUUUUGAUAUGACUGCCGGUUUUGGAAAAACAGAGGUAUAUGAUUACCUACAUCCCAUAUUAAUAUUUAUUCAUGUGAAUCUAAAUUUCAAGUGAAUGUUCAAAAAGGGAUGGAAAUAUUACCAAUCCUCUCAAG